AUGGAGCUGGAAAAUGCGCUCAAGACGGACGCGCUGAUAGCUUUUACUCAGUCGAUUAAAAAUAUUAUGGAUCCAUCACCUUCAAGCCAUCGCAAAGUGCUUCUAGCGGUUGAUUCAUCUCAGUUGGUUAUUUUCGAAUUACUAGCUUACGGCUCAGGAGGAAAUGAGUUUUAUGAUAAAUUAGGUAUCUCUCGCUUGCUAAGUGUGCAGCUUCAGACUGGUGAUCCAGUGCAGCUGCAGCGACAAUUGGGUAUUUUUGAUCAGUUGCAGUUAAAUCGAGGAGAUGACAACAAGACACAGGACAUUGUUGUAAUAGCCCCGCCGUUACCUACAGUUGCCAAGCGUGUGGCGGACGCCCUGCGUCCUCUAGAGCUUGUGGUAACUCGACGUUGCGCCGUACUUUGGCUUCCAGCAGCUACGUCUGAUGUUACUUUGGAAAUGGAGCGACAAGGCGUUGCAGGUUAUAUUCGCCAGGCCAAUUUGGAUUUAGGUCUGAUCCCUGUGGACCGUGGUGUCGCGGCCUUGUGCCAUGAUAGCAUCUUUGGCGAGCUCUACGUAAAGGGAGAUAGUAGAUCCUUAUCGACUGUCGUCAAGAGUAUACUGGCAACUGAAAAACACACGGGACGCAGAAUAGCCGAUAUUACGUGUCAUGGCUUCUUUGCUGAACGAGCCAAAAAGAUGCUCGAGCUGGCUCAUGGAGAGCAACAAAAGAUUAGAUUGAGUCAAAUUACCGCUGAAAGUGAAGAAGCAGCUGAUAUCAACACAGUUGUGAAUAAAUUGGUAAUUAUUGACCGUAUGGAAGAUCCCUUGUCCAUGCUGCUAACGCCAAUGACGUAUGAAGGUUUGCUGGAUGCAUUAGUUGGAGUUAAUCAUGGCGUUGUUACUUAUGAAAAGGAAGUAGAAGAAAUGUCGAAUGAAGAGGGACAUGAUAGCGUUGGCAGCAUGAAAAUAGAGUCCACAUCGACAACAAAGACGCAAAAGGUGGUGCUCAAUCAUCUUGACGCGCUCUUUGACGAGAUCCGUGACGUCAACUUUAAUUUAGUAUCAAAUCAGCUGGUGGACGUAGCCAAAGACUUGGCAACCGAAGUGCGCGGUGGAUCUUCAGCAUCAAAUGCCGGUUUUCCAAAGGAUAGCCAAGCUGAGUUUCAAAAGGUGAAGGCUUUGCUGGCAAAAGCACCUCAUUUGGUGAAGAAAAAGCGAUCGUUAGCCCACCAUUUGCAGCUCGUUCAACGUGUCCGUGAUCUGAGUACGCAACUUGCUCUUCGUGGUUGUGUGGAGACUGAAAUGACUAUGAUGAGCGCCGGACCAAGGGUCUCAUCCGCUGGAGCGAAAAGUGUAGACAAUUUUCUGGAAGAAGCCAUUUUGCGUGAACCUCCGUUAAAUCUCUACGAUGUUGUCAAGUUGCUCUGUCUUUGCUCCCUUGUUCGUGGAAAAUUCAAACCAGAAACUUUAGCGUGGUAUCGCCAGCAGCUUUGCCACACCUAUGGACACCAGGUGUUGCCACUACUCGUACAACUGGAAAAAAUGGAUUUACUGUCUGUAGAGAAUCGUUUUGACUUUCCAAAAAAGCGCAAACAAUUUUCACUGAUGCGAGGUGUGCUAGAUGAUGAGGGUACGAGAUAUCCGACAGACAUUCACUUCAUGUUUCCGUACACGGGAUACGCACCCCUAAGCAUUCGUUUGUUGCAAGAAUCACUUGGGAUGAAAUACAAAACGCUGGCCAAGGAUUCGACGUCUUCAUUGCUGAAUCCAGGCAUUGGAAGUGAAAACGAAUUUAGUAGUCAUAACAGUAUAUCAAGUGAAGCGUCUACGAACUUCAAUGUUAAUAGCGGUGGAAAUCGAACGAAUGUACUCGUCUACUACGUCGGUGGUGUUACAGUUGCUGAGCUGACAGCAUUCCGAUUUCUAAAUCAAAAACAGAGCGAAUUUAGCUUCUUCAUCGCUGCUACGUCCAUUUGCAAUGGUAGUCGUCUACUGCGGGCUAUCUAUUAA